AUGCCCGUUGAACAGAACGAGAAGAGCAUUACCCUCAAGCACCCUAGUGUAAGCGCACGAUUGGAAGUCGAGGAGCUGACGGUUAACGGUCAAGAGCACAUCUUCCUGUCAAAGAAGGCUCAUCUAGAUGGCUCUGCCGCCAUCCGUGGUGGUAUCCCUAUCGUCUUCCCCAUUUUCGGGCCGCCUCCUUCCUCUCCGCCCGAGUACGCCGCUUUGAAACAGCAUGGUUACGCAAGGAACCAGACCUGGAAGCUUGACAAGGUCGUGCUCGACAACGCUGACGGCGUUUCCGUUCGUUUGGUCGCUCCCUCCCCGCCUGCGAGCUUCCCCCACCCCGUGGGACUUACCUACGUUGUCACUCUCGCCGCCCACCAGCUUGUUUCCGACCUGCACGUGCAGAACAAUGGUGCCGACGACUUCAAGUUCCAGGCGCUCCUGCACACGUACCUCCGAGUUGAGGAUGCUUCAAAGAUCGAAAUUACCGGUAUCGAGGCCGGAACCGUGUACAAGGACAAGACCUUGGGCGGAAAGGAGGAGGAGACACCCCUUGGACCCCUUCUUGUCGAUCGCGAGCUCGACCGCGUCUAUCAGAAGGUUCCAUCGCAGGAGAUUCGUGUUGACGACAUCAACUCCGACGGUGGCUCCGUUAAGGUGCGGUUCAGGGGCUUCCAGGACGCGACUAUCUGGAACCCCGGGCAAGCGACAGGGAGCAAGAUGGGCGACAUGGAAGAUGGUGGCUGGGACCACUUUGUCUGCAUCGAGCCUGGCUUUGUCUCUGACUGGAAGUCUAUCAAACCGGGAGAGCAGUUCAUUGGGCAGCAGGUCCUUACCCUUGGCUGA